CCUCAGUCGAAGAAAAAGGAAAAACAUACAGGUGUGUUGCGCUACAACAGCAGAGUGUAAUUUUUUCGUCUAUCAGUCGAAUUCACCUGAAACGGAACUUUAAUUGGUUCCGAAAGAAAAGUUAUUGACUUUUUUUCACAUACUCGUUCGGUUAGUGAAGUGUUUCGAGGAAGUUUUUAUCAUUCGAUCGACAGUGCAGUCCGUCCUGGACAUGGAACCCUAGAAUAUUGCAUCGCUAACACUAUCGAUUGGUUGGUUGGCAAUAAGUAGGAAAAUUUGAUGUGUGCAAAACUUGAAACGUCAUAUUUCAAUAGGUUGGAACAAAUUUGAGCAGUAACUAACGGUGAUUCAUCGACACAGAUUGUACUCUGAUUGGGAAAACAAAUCUUUCAAGGUCAGCGGAAAAUGUCUAGUCAAAUUCCUCCGCUGUUUUGUCACACUCCUCCUCCUAUGGAUUUUGAUGAUGAUGAAGAGGACGACGUUCCCGAUCCGGAUGAGGAUGACUUUGAUGAUUUUGCAUCGGUACCUGCGGCGAGCGUAAAUACAGAUCUUCCGACGCCAGUAUCGUCACCAUUCCCUGGAUUUGCCACGCCAUCCAGUUCGCCUGUAAAAAAGCAUAUAGCUCAUAAACAAGACGAAAUAUUGCCACAACCUGUGAUAGAAAAUGCUCUGGAUGAUUUGGAAGUAGAUCCGCCUCGAAUCGAAAGUCCCCCUUCACUGAUUUUGUCCCAACAUAUUUACUCGGAGAACGAUUUGCCCAGCGAAGAUGAACUACAAGAUUACGCCUUCAAUCCUCAAGAAGGAGAUCAGAAGGAUACUUCAGUUGGUCCCUCGGAAGCUGAGGACAAUAUAAGCAUUCCAUCACUUCAGCUUGACACGGAGGUAUCUAAAUCUGCGACUCCUGUACAUAUGUCAGAGAACGAAGCCAGUGAGCGCAAUUUGUCACCACAGGAGCCAACGCCGGAAGAUCUUGGGCCGGACCCAAUACAGGAAGCAGUUGUAACACCAGUUGUCGCGGAAGACAUGUGCUGUCGGUUCGACGAUAACACCGAGAACGAUUUUACAGAUUUCACUACUGCAUCCAAUGAACGUUCAGCGGUUUUGGAAGUGCCAACCGCAAACGACGUCUCUUUCGACGAUGAUUUUGCUCUGCUGGAAUCGACACCAUCGGCAGAUAGUAACUUUGUGUCGCAAAGCAAAACCGAUUUUGCGACGUUCGAUGCAGACUUCAGUAAGUUCGAUUCAUUCCCAGCAUCCUUUCCGGCCACUUUUGACGAAGUAGGAUGUGCCCCGAAAGAUAUUUCCACCAGACAACAAAACGGCUCAGAGGAAAAGACCUCUCCAGAUGCGCCGAACGAACAUGAUCUCUCGCAAGACGAUUUUGAUGAUUUCCAAGAUUUUGCCAAAUUUUCCGCGGAUGGUAGUCCAGCCAAAACAAUUGAAGUGGUUACUUUUCCAAUUGGUCCCGAAGAGUCUGCUUGUGAGUAUAAGGAUGAUGAAGAAAAUAGCGAUGAUUUCGGCGAAUUUAGCGAUUUUAAACAGUCGGACGGAGUUCCGGCCCCGGUGAUAUCCAUUCCAACUUCCCGAUCUGUUCAAUUCACUGUGGAAAGUAUUUUGAGUGUUAUCAUCGGUAUGUUCCCGUCCUGUGCAGAGGAAGCGCAAAGCGAUACUGGUCAAGUGAUGGGCAGCGAUUCUCUGCAGAAUGAACUUUACCACGAGCUGAGGGAUAUGGACUCUACCAAGGCACUUGCGUUCCAGUACAACAGUUCCGAUAGUAGUAAAACGUUGGUUCGAGCGCUUGGUAUCGAUUCGAGAAACAUUCUCUUCGGUCCCAAAUGGAACAGUUCCAUGCCGCGAUUCGCUGCGAACUUAGGCUUCAGCCCCCUGGAACCACUGAAACCGGCGUCGAAUACCACAACUCCCAGUAACGCUAGUAAUCCGCCCAUAUCAAUCGGUGGAACCAAAACCGAAACGGGAACUAAAUAUUCCUCCUUCAGUUUGGAUCCAUUGCCGCAGUCUACUGGUAGCGUAGGCGUCCCCACUGGGAAUGUUCCUGCUGUGCACUUUGACUGGAACAGCUCCGGGUUGAUUAAUCCGCUCGAUGGUAAGCGUUAUUUAGUUCUAUCGAUUCACUAUUAUUACGUUUUCCCUACGCUCGCGAAAUUACCCAACCUUCAUCAAUCAUUCCUAAACGGGGGAAAUUCGUUUUUGCUUGGUUCAAUUGCUCGUCGAAAGGUCAUUCGCUUGAAGCUAUCAGAAUCGCCACAUGUUGCUGUAACGGCAUCGAUAACGGCCAUGGUUGUUACGUUAUGGUUGUUUCAGAAGUUUGAUUUCAGCUCACUGUUGUUCCAUUAAUUGGAGAUAGAUUUUAUUCGACAACGCGUAUGGUGUUCUUACACAAUCACGUGCAUAGGUAUUUUUUCACUUGAUGUUGGCAAUGAACAAGGUGGACUAACAAAACGGAUGAACUAUUUCCAAAGCACGGCUCAGUAAUUAAAGCAUUGUGAUACAAGUGCUUGGAAUAUAUCUAUAGUUGUCGCUUGGGUAACCAGUAAAUUGUUCUGGUAUAGGCGACACAAGCAUAGAUCUCAAUGAUUAAGGGAGAUUAGUUAUAGCACUAGUGUUGAAUCAUGAUCUUUCAAAGUUUUGAGAGUAUCGUUGUGUAAGCGCAUACAAAGUACAUCCUUGAUCUACUGGUUUUUUGGAUCGCUUUAGAUGUAAUAUUUUAUCGCGCCGUUCAAAUUUGUCGACUAAUCCGUAGAGUGUAGCUGCAGUUAGUUGUAGGUAUUUGUAGAACAAGCCAACCUGUAACACUUCUUCAAGAGUAUUCAUAAGCACAUUUAACCCUUGAAGGCGCAAACCGAUUUUUUUCAAAGUUUCUGAAAAUUGUUUCACAGUUUUAAUACACCACUAUGAUAAUUUUGAGAUGGUUUUCGAAAUGUUGUUUUAAAACAACAUUGCGCAUUUAAGGGUUAAUGUUUUCUAGGCAAGCCUGUCAUUGGCAGAAUUGAUUGCGACUGAUUUUAUCAAUACUCCUACGUCGUCUUUAAUAACUGUGCUUAAAUAGUAGCUUUGCUCUCAUCUUUAGGGUGCCCUCUACUCUCGGUGCCUGAAAUUAAGCUGUUUUUGAAAUAAAUUGCAAAGUGUCUACUGAGUCUACUGAAUAGAUUUUGAACUUUUAUUUUUUAUUUUGAAGCUACGACGAAAAAAAAUAUUGGUGGCUUGAAACAUCAUUUCGGAUGAUAGACUCGUAAAAUUCGUAAUUAACGGUCCCGGUUGCAAUGACAAUGUCGCCUUUAUAUACAGAUAGCCUGCGAAACUGGAUAUUUUUUGCAAACUUAGUUUCAUGUGCUUUAAAAUUACUGACUCCUUUCCCCUUCAAGAUGCCAUUUAAAAUACCGGAGAAGCAGUUAUCUGUCAAGUACGGUUCAAAGCAGUUAACGAGAAACAAAUCGUUUCUUCUUUAAAGGGUGUUACGAUCAAAAAUUUCUUGUGUGAAAAAUCAAAUGAUAUUUUUUUGUAAGUUUAAUUCAUACAGACUUAAGAAAAAGUAUUCAUGCAAGCUUUCUUUUUAGUGAAUGCGAAUUUCCUGGCCUUUCGUUUGUCUCGUUCCAUCAAGUUUUGCACAGCCUCCAUGUUCACUUUCCUCGCCAUACAACGCCAGAUUGCAUUGAACUGUAUCCCGUGUUUUCUUGGGGUUCCGCUUGCUGAUUGCUGGCGGAGCUCUGGCAUGUUGGGUGGGUUCAUGUCCUUGGGCAUCACCUGGACGUUGUUCGCGGUAUACCACUUCAUGACCUUUUUUCGUAUUGGCAAGAUGCCCAAUCCAACCAAAACAGAACGGUACUAUUUAUUUAUUUCUUAUUUCAGGCUUUAACCACACGGGCCAUUCGCCUCGAAGAAGUUUAAUGUAAUGUACAUUUCUUUAGACAAUCCUAUUGGUUAGAAUCUCCACAAUGAAUCUGCUGAUGUCUGUAGUGGGCUCCGUCCCGGUAAUCGAUGAGCCGAUAGGAGACUUGCUAGCCCUUAGAUUAAAUGGCAGCGAGUAAUAGGACAUCUUUCAGAAAAGCUAGCAGAACUUCCUCCCUGACCGGAUCAUUUUCAAGAAUAUCCCGGAUCGAGGGAGGCAGGUUAGAAUUCUGGCGUAGGUCUUCGUUUCCUCUAAUCCCAUAGUUUCCUGGCACCCAACAUAUCGUAGUAAGCGGGUCGUAAUACUCUUCGAUUUAAGGGUGUUUAGAGUUCCCGGACUCCAGGGCGGUUAUAACGGAGAGUGAAUCUGAAAAUAUCACGGUUGGGGUAUCGUCGGGUUUUUUAGAGAUUGCUAGAGAAAUCUCUGCUGCUUCUGCUGAAAAAAACUGAACAGGCGGAUGGGAUGUGGAAAGCAAGACCUGUUCCUAUUCCACUCACACCCACCCCCACACAGCUUUGAGCCGUCAGUGUAGAUUAUGAUAUGGUUAGAAUACUUGCGGUUCACUAGCUGCUUCAAUUAUGCUCGCACUUUUGGUUUGGUCCACGAUUGGACCAAUUGCGGUAUGUAAUUCGGCGAUUUCUGGGAGAGGGGCGUCUGCAAAGAUGUUGUGGAGACUCCUGGCCGUUUCCAGAAGGGUACAGUCAUCUCCGUUGGUUUUUUCAAGGAAGCUAAGCGCCCGUUUCAUGGUGGUCACUGCCACAGCCCACCAACAUGGAAGUAUGCCUCCCUCAACGCAGGCGGCUUCGGCAGGGGUGCUGGGAAGAAGGUUGCUUACUUGUCGAAUCGCCCCUUGAUAGAGGGGGGCGUGGGUGGUAGCCAAGCCUUCCCAAUUCCGACUAGUCAGUUCGAUACCAUGGAAAAUUUUACUGAGAAUUAAAGCCUGGUUUAUAUUCAGUGCUGUCCUCCUGUUGAAUUUGGGAUGUCGAGUACUUAUGGUUUUAACUAGCCGUUUCCUGCUUUGGCAUUCCUUUUUAAUUUGAAUGAAAUGGGACAAGAAUGUUAGCUUGCGAUCAAUCACAACGCCAAGGAUCCUCGGUUCUUUCUUGAAUGGAAUGGUGGUGCCAAAGAGCUUCACCGGACGGGCAUUUGUGGAGGGAAUUACAACAGUUGGGCGAUAUAACAUUUGGGAGCUGAGAUGUUAAAACCACUGACCGCUGCCUGCAGCUUUAUUCUUCCACGCCUUGAUUACAACUAGUAUUAUGUCGUCUGCAUAUACGAAGAUGUACACAUCCGAGGGAAUGGCGGCGAAUAAGGAAUUCAUUCUGAUUAAAAACAGCGUAACAGCUAAGACAGAUUCUUGUGGGACUCCAUUUGCCUCGUGAAAGGUGCGAGACUGGCUGCCCCCAAUGCAGACUUGGAAGCUACGGUUGCUGACGAAUUCCUGGACGAAUCUGCCGAGGUUGUCGCGGAUACCCCACUGAUGUAGCUGGCGGAGUACACUCUUCCGCCAUACAGUGUUACAGGCUUUCGCUAUAUCCAGUAUGGCAAUGUCUGCAUGGACAUUACACUGAUUGGACGAAAAUCACUUAUCUCUCCUGUACCCUGACUUCUUAGGGAUAGGGAUUACAAGUGCUCUAUGCCAGAACUCUAGAAAGGUCCCGCCUUCCCAGAUUCUAUUGAAGCUAUCUAAAAGGGCUCU